CUGCAUUGCUGAGCGAUGCGCAGUUGCAUUUCAGGGCUAUUUUUAGUUCGAGACAUAAUGGUUUGUUUUUUACGUCAGAAGAACGUUGUAGAUGCACGAUUUAAAAGUGUGGAAUUAGCAGGGGAAGUCAGUAGCUGUCUGUGUGGACAGACUGAGAGGGACGUAACCAUGGAAUUUCCUUUUAUGCUCCAGAUGCUUGGUACACCCUGUCAGGUAUCUAAUACAAAGCAAGAACCAACAGCCACCAUGUCUAGCAAAAGGGCAAAGACAAAGACCACCAAGAAGCGCCCUCAGCGCGCCACUUCCAAUGUAUUUGCCAUGUUCGAUCAGUCGCAGAUCCAGGAAUUCAAGGAGGCCUUCAACAUGAUCGACCAGAACAGGGACGGCUUCAUUGACAAAGAGGACUUGCACGACAUGCUCGCCUCCCUUGGAAAGAAUCCAACGGAUGAAUACCUGGAUGCCAUGAUGAAUGAGGCUCCAGGCCCUAUCAACUUCACGAUGUUCCUCACGAUGUUUGGUGAGAAGUUAAAUGGCACCGACCCGGAGGAUGUAAUCAGGAAUGCUUUUGCCUGCUUUGAUGAAGAAGCAACAGGGUUCAUCCAAGAAGACUACCUGCGGGAGCUGCUGACCACGAUGGGAGACAGGUUCACGGAUGAGGAGGUGGAUGAGCUGUACAGAGAGGCCCCCAUCGACAAAAAGGGCAACUUCAACUACAUCGAAUUCACGCGCAUCCUGAAACACGGAGCGAAAGACAAGGAUGACUGAGCAAAUCCCUGGAUACCUGCGGAUUAUCUCAACACUUACGUUUCUUUUUAACGGUUUCUUCCUGAUAGAACUUGUUGCAUGCAUUUAGCUCCAAAGCUUUUGUCUUUUUCAAUAUAUUUAUCUAUUCCAGGCCGUUUAGGCACAUUUGCACCUGUAAUCAGACUGGAAGCGGGGAAAAUAUUGUGAGGGAAAGGCUACAGGACAAACAUUCCCUGGAGUUGAUAGUCCAGGAAAAUAAUCUCAAUGUUUCUGGUUUUGCUGGAUUUUUACAUUUUUGUAAUAAAUGCCAUUUUGAAAUAAAGAUUGCUAUAUAGAUAAAAUACCU